GUCAUCACUGAGCGCACUUCGGCUAGAAGGACUACAUUUCCCAGAUAUCAGUCUGUCUUGUCUCAUGGCAGGAGCGGGAAUUCUUGUCUGUCCGGAGAGGGUAUUACUUUGACUACUUUAACAGCUUCACACAUCCUUUAUGAUGGACGCUAAUGAAAAUGACAUGGUAGAAAAAGAAAAGAUUAUACAGAAAGACCAUUUCAGUGAAGAGGAUGUGGAAUUUGUAGGUGAAGGACCUUCAAGACCUGUCCUGGAAUGUAUUGAUCUGGUUAGUGAUGAUGAUUCGCAGCCUUUGUACCAGCACAGAGAUCAUGUUGACCAUCCGAUGAAAAGCGUGACUGCAACCCUUGAUCGUCUAGCACGCCGUGUUGAGUUGCAAAAACAGAAGAUAGCAGAGAAAAACAAAGCAUUUCAGGACAAGUUAAUCUCCCAGCGUGCACAUGGGUUGCAAGAGUUGGCGCUUAACAAAGAUCGGCCUGGUGCAAGUGCUGCAAAAAGUUGUGUAAACCAGUGGCUGAGAAUGCCGGGUCUCAAGCCAGGUAAUGUGAGCUCUAGCCGCAGAACUUUCCCCCAGUCAAAGGAAUUUGGCCCCUUAAACACAGAACCAAUCGUUUGUCCUGUAAUGCAUUGUAACAGAAAAUUUGACAACCGGCAACUGCUGUUUGGUCAUCUAAAAAGGUUUGAUCACUCCCCUUGUGAUCCAACUAUUUCUCUUCAUGGAGUGGGUGAUAGCUCAUAUGUUUGCCUUGUGUGUCAGGAGCGAUUUUUAACCACCGAAGAAUACUCUGUUCAUUUGGAUACAAAGGUAAAGUUGGCUGAUGGUCAUCAACAAUCUCUUCCUCCAUUAGUUGUCCAGUGUUUUGCUUGUCCUAGAUGUUUUCUACUUUUUAACCAAAGAGAUGAAUGUCUGAAGCACAUGUCGACAAGCAAUCACUUUGUACGAAGCAUCGCACUUGGUGGUGAAAAUGGAGUUCCACGCCCACUACCUAUUCCAUCUUAUGCAAAGAGAGUCUUGAUUGCACUUUGCAAGGACAUUCCAUUUCAGGUUGUUUGUACAUCUUGUCGCUUGGAGCUGCGUUCUCAUCUGGAAGUAACUGCACACUUCAGGACGCUAUGUCGAAACGCUGGUCCUGCUUCAGUUUCAGAAAACAGCAUAGCUGAUGUUGCAUCUGUUUUCCAGCUAAAGGCUUUCUGCCUGACUUGUAAACAAGGUCUAAAUGAUAAACCACGCAUUGCAAAACACAUCACAAAAGCAAGUCAUAACGUCAAGAAGAUUAUUUCUAUAGAGGAGUCCAUUCUAGCAUUUUGCUACCUAAACGAAGGAACAAGAACACCUUCUGACUUCUGCCUGUUGGCCUCUAAUGCUAGAUUGAACCACUUUAUGCUUAAAAGAGACUUAAACAAUACUGAUGACGGCAUUGUUUUGUCAAAGCAUGUACAACAAAAUGAAACUGGUGGUUUAAAAAAAGAGGCCGAUAUAAUGGUGACUGCUUGGUUCUGUGAAUGUUCUCAACAGUUUUCAGCUGAAAAAGAUGCUGAAACACACAUUAUGGCAGCCAAUAGGAUCUCUCACAAGUGCAUAGUUUGUGGCAAGCUCGCUGAUGACCUCGCCAUUAUUCGCCUUCACAUGUGCCGAUUUCACGGUGGUGGGCGCUUGGACAGUUUUCUUUUUUGGUGCCAGAUGUGUAAGGUUGAGCUGGCAAGGACUGAAAAUGUGUUGAUGCAUAUUAUAGAUUGCCACGGUGGUCAUUCCUUUUACUAUGAACAGGAGGUGCCAGAGGAGCAACCAAUUUCCUUAGAGAUUGACCCAAGAUCUGAAAGUCCAGCAAGUAAUGCAUCCCCAUCACCACAGCAGUCUGAGGGUUUGUGGCAGUGUCAUAUUUGUGAGGAGACUUUUGAUAAUGAAGAAACGGUUCUACAACACUGCCAAUCCUUAAGCAUUCACCAGUUUCAUAAAUAUUGCUGUGACACCUGCAAGAGGAAGUUUCUUAAAAUGGAGACUUUUCUUCGACAUUGUCAGCUUCAGCAUAAUGGGGACAUAAACGUGAAAUAUUUCUGUGGGCUUUGUAAAGAUCUCUACUAUGAUGAAGAAGCUGCCUUCCUUGGCCACUAUGAGAGUUUUCACGCUAUGGACUAUAGUUAUGUACCAAAUCAGGGGCAAUCAAAUGUUAAAAUUCCAGAUGUUGCACCGACCACAUGCAGUGAGCCUGAAAAGCAUCUGACUUGCGGCUGUCUGGAAAAAUAUUCUCUCAAAACAACAAAGAAGGCAGAUGGCAAACUCUGCUUGGAUAGACUGUUUGGGAAAGGAAACCUCUGGUAUAGCUGCUGUUUAUGUCGUGCAACUGACCAAACCUUUGAAGGCAUCAAUGCACAUCUUUGUAAGAACGAGGGGCAGUCUAGUGACAGAAAUUUUGUUGUUAAGUGCAGCAUUUGUUCGAAAUCUUUUUUAAACCCAGAAAGUGCUCAAGAUCACUACCAUAUGAAACACUGUUUCUUGAAAGAGCCAAGUAAGAAUUAUAAUUUCAAAACUGAUGAAUCCAUAGGUGAGGUGUUUACAUUUACAGCUAGUGGUACUUCGGUUAGUAAACCACUAGCAAGACUGAAGCACACAAAAGAAUUUCAUCGCAAGGCUGAGACGAAAGGCAAAAGUCCCCCUGAAAAAAUCCCACCAAAAACUGAAGUUAUGGAGAUAGAAAACCGUGACACAGAACUGCAGGAUUGUGAAUUACCAGAUUUAGAUUUCCUCGGAACAAUGACCCACAUUGUUUUUAUUGACUUGGACAAUUGGGCCCAGUUUUUUACUCGUCUGCCAGGAUACCUAAACCAGGGAACAUUUGUGUGGGGAUUUCAAGGAGGGAAGGGCACAUGGAAACCUCCAAUGGACUGCAAAUUUUUCAAGCAUCUCAACAAUACUGGCUGUUUUUUCCUUCACCCUCGCUGCUCUGAUCGUAAAGAUGCUGCCGACUUUGCCAUAUGUAUUCAUGCUGGACGUUUAGAUGAGCGGCUUCCGAAGCAAAUCCCUUUUUCUGUCCUGUCUGGUGAUAAAGGUUUCCUAGAAUUGGAGAACCAGUUUAAGAAAACUCAACGUUCAGCUCAUAUCCUAAACCCUCACCAUGUAGGAGGAGAUGUGAUGUGUGCUUUACUGAACAGCAUAUCGGAUACCAUACAAGACGCACAUGAUGAAGACAUGGACAUAACCUCAGUAGAACAGGAUGAAGAUGCUGCUAUGAAGGAAGCAAUGAAAAGAAGCCUACUGGAAAUGUAAUUCCUUUUGGAAUGGAUCUUUAACGCUCCUGGUUCCCUCAAUAAUAAUAAAAGGCAUGUUUGUCAUCGGUGCUGCCAAGAACUUGAUGCCUUAAAUUAGACUCAUGCUUUUUCUGUUAACCUAAUAAGUCUGUUUAAUACUUAAGUGAUGUUCAUGUCCUGAAUUACAUGGGUGUCAUUGUACUUUGCAUUUCCAACUCUGUACCUUGCAUUAAACGUGGUAUUGCAAACUUAAAAUAUUGCCAUGAAGGGGAAAUUGUGAAUGGCAAAUUGAUAUCCAAUUUCAGGUAUUCAUUGGUCAUUCUGUAAUAUACAGUGUGUGUUGGAGCCUCUGAGAUCUCUCCUAGCAGUAGCAACUUAUUAGCCAGUAUAUGAGUAGCUUCAUUUCAGGACCAAGAGUAAUGGUUACAAGAAAUCAUAUCACUUGGUAACUGAUAAUUGCUGGCUGUACAGCUGUCAGAUUUGGAGAAGGAAAAACAAUGUGCAAGGCUUUAAAUUGCUUUAUCUUACUUGACUACUAUGCAGGAAAAGUUCCACGUUGCGACUUGGUGCCAGGACUUUAAAAAAAGUGUUUUCAGCUGUCUUUCCUGAAUUCAUUUAAAGUAGAAUUCCAGAAUAUCACUAACUAAUCAUAAAACUGCUAAACCUGUAGAAGGAUGCAUAUAUUCUGGUCCAGUCAUGUGAUCUCUCCUGUGUUUGCCUCACCGGCUACAGGAGAGCGGUAAGGGUGCUCCAACAAUAGCUGGAAUGCCUGAGCGGUGACAUUACUCAUAGGCUUACUAUUGGCCAUCUGUUGUCAGCGCUCCUCCCUCACUGAUAGCUGAGGGAAGCCAAUCACAUGACUGGAGAGCAGCAGCCAGAAUAUUAAUAAGUAUAUACAUCUCUUUUUAUAUACAGGUUAUUUUUUUUUACAUUUUUUAGAAGGAAGUGGGAGCAGUUUUAAGAUUAAUUGGUGAUAUUGCAAAAUUUCACUUUAAGCUGGACAUAGACAUGAGAGAUAACCAUUGCCUAGUCUAACCAAAUCAGCUGACUGAUGGGGGGGGGGGGGGAUUAAUUGGGAAAACCUUGCCCCAUUGGUAUUGCUGCUAUAUUAAAUAGGUGGUGGUGGUGCUGGAUGCUUCUGCACAUUCCAUUCACUACUGUAUAUCAAUGCAUACAUACUUGUUUAGUCGGACCCUGUCAGCUGACCUGUCUUGCAUGUCAGUGGCCAUGCAAACCAAGUCUGUAACUCGCUGGGAUAGUUCUUGUAUAGCUUAAAUCAACCCUGCACUGAGCAUAACCUAAUCAAGGUAAUGCUAAACAUGCACAACAAGUUUGUCUGACAUUAUGAGUUCUAAUUGCUACCACAGGCUGCUACUGCAGCCUGUCGGAGAGGGAAUACACUUUGACAUAUGUAUACUCACCACUUGACCCAUGAAUGCCGUUUCUUUGGGGAAACGCCCUAUCCCUGUACAAAUACUUACUUUUAGAAAAGCUGUGCUUAAAUGGACCUUUUUUGGAGAGAGUCCAGAGUUGUGUACUAGGAGAUGCAGGUGACUGCCUGCCAUCAAAUGUCACCAUUGUGCAAAUUAUUUUGUUCUUGGUGCAGGAUUUAAAAAAAAAAAGGAUUGUGCUCUUAAAAUGUAGUGUGCUACUGCUGGCAUUGGUUUCUGAAAAUGCAAGGUACUUGGCUGCUAUGCUGAUGCAGUGGCUUUUGCUCUUUGUCAUUGACCUGGAACAGGUUCCUCUGUGUGGAACGCUUACUUUUCUGGCUUAGACAAGGACUGACAAAAUUCUUCUCUCAAUAAGCUUCUUUUAAGACGAGCUGCAAGCAAGUAGGUGACAAUUAAAAGACAAUGGGGUUGAUUUACUAAAACUUGAGUGAGAGCUCAAAAUUUGAUGCAGCUGUGUAUGCUAGCCAAUCGGCUUCUAACUUCAGCUGAUUGGUUUCUAUGCAUCCGAUUUUGCACGCUCUAGUUUUAGUAAAUCAAACCCCAGUGUCAAUUGCCAUGUACCUGAAAUGCUUUCAGUUUUUUUUUUUUUUUUUUUUAGAGACUUGUGUUUUUCAUUAUUGUAUAUUUGGUAUGUUUAUUUCUGUAUGUAAAUGUUUGUCUGUUGAGCGACAAAGUAGGUAAUAAUAUGCUUGCUUGUAUUUGGGUUUCUUAAUAAAUAUUCUUUAAAUUUGUCA